AGAGACUCUCGUCGAGGAGAAACUUCUUGUGUCCCUCUACUUUUACCCGCGAAACUACUUUUUUUCUCUCUUUCUCCUUCAGCCGCUUGCUUCGCAAACUUAUACACGGGCAUGAGUUUCGCGUAGCAGCGAUAAGAAGGCGAAGGGGGACAAUUUCCAGACUUUAAUGAUGUAACGAGUUUCGGCGAGGGUGGAGGCAGCAAGAGAGAGGUAAUAGCAGGGCGAAACGAGAGAAGGGGCGAGAAAGAGAGAGAGGAGAAAGGGAGCUGAACGACAGCCGAGAGAAAACCGAUAUCGAAGGCUUUUAAUCAAUCAGCGCAAAACUUUACGAGCUAUUUAUGGUGCCUGCUGAAUGAUAGCCUUUUCCACUUUAUUCCAUUAUUAGAGUAUUUUAUUGUCUGCUUUGUUUUAUUGUUUGGAAUUUCAUCUGGCGGCAGAAAGACGAGCCGCUCGCUAGCGCACGGACGCACGCUGUAUUGGCGGCCGAACGAGCACGACAUUGUUCAGCGCGAUAUUGCAAAUGAAAAUGGAAUUCUUUUACGGAAUUGCUUUUUACAGUUCAAUCGGAUUGUAUUUCGUGAAAAACGGGAUUCUCGGAAGAUCGAGCGCGCGCGAGAGAGGUAUAUGACGUUGAUCUCUACAUUCGAUUUGGUGAAGGGUUUCGCCAUCGAAAGCUCGAUCGUCAUUGUCCGCUUUCCGAGAAUAAACAGAUUACGCGCACAUGGAAAAACCUUUAAAAAUCGUCUUUUGUAUACAAGCCCUCGAAUCGAAUAUGAAAACAACGAGCGAAAGAAAAACGACCUAGAUGGAAAGCGAGCGCACUGCAAAGAAGUAAGCGCUUUUAAUACUCCCACAGAAUGCAGCUGAGCACAGAACGGCAAGAAAAAAACUCGGUAGAAUGAGAAAGGGAGGAAAAGUGCACUCGACAUGAAGAUGUCUCGUUCAGAGUCGUACAUGCGUAACACAACAGUGCACACUCGAGGCCGCUUAAUCAAGUAAAGGAGCAGGGUGAGGGUGGCAUAGACAAGAGAGAGCGCCGAGGCAGGUAGAGCCGUCCCUCGGGGGAGAGAGGGGGAGGCCUCCGAAACCUGCGUCGGAGCAGCCGCCAGCCGCUCGUCAGAUAUUGUUCAGGGGGCGAACGAGGUGGCGUUGAGACUAUAACCUGCGCCACUCGCAACAACGGCCGACGAGAUGGAAGCCAGCGGUGCGGGCAUCGGCAGGCUCGACUGCUACGAGGACAUGUUCAAGGAGAUCACCAGGAAGCUCUACGGCGAGGAUCCGGAUCAUAGGACGUCGAGCGUGCAGAACGAGUUCGAGACCUCGGUGUCGUACAAGAACGAGGAGGACACGGGCAACGGUACUGACGGUAGCGAUGACGGCAACUGGACCCUCGACGACGAGCCGCUCAAGGGCACCGAGGGCAGUCGCAUCGCCGCUUACAGGGCGGCCACCGCAACCUGGCGCUGCUACGAGUGCGGUGACUGCAUGGGAGGAGGUCCGCGCGACGUGGCCGAGCACUUCGUGGAGAUGCACUCGUCGCGAUUUCUUGCGGAGGAAGCCAGUCGCGGCCGAUUGAACUCGAGUGGCCGCAGCAAGGACUACCUGGACCCGAGCAACCUCAAGAUCGAGGACGUCGUCUCGUACUUGGAGAGGGUGAGGGACCGAGCUGAACGGGGUCACCCGCCGACCAGACGCACCCAAGAGACGCAAACGGUACCCGCGGCCCUGCUGCCGAUGGCGGCAUCCACCUUCCUGCUCCAGGAGCUGUCGUCCACACCACCGCAGCAUUUGCAUCAGAGUUCCAUAGCUUCGAUGACGGGGAGCGGGACGUCCGCGACCGCGGCCAACGGCGCCAGCAACGGCAGCAACAGCAGCAGCAACGCCAGCAGCACCGCCAGUAUAAGCAACGGCAGUUCGACGACUGCGGGAGGAGGAGGAGGAGGUGGUGGUGGCAAUGGAGGAGGUGUAUCGGGUAACAACGCCAGCGGCAAGAGGUACACGUGCCUCUAUUGUCCCUACGGCACCGACAGGCGCGAUCUCUAUACGCGCCACGAGAACAUCCAUCGCGAGGAAAAGCCCUUUCACUGCUACGUCUGCUACAAGCCCUUCAGUCGCGCCGAUCACGUGAAGAAGCACUUUUUGAGGAUGCACAGGGAGCACACGUACGAGCUGUCACGGAUACGAAGGCCAGCAGGCUCGUCCUCCGCGAUAAAGGUCGAGCGUCUACCGAACAACGAGAGCAGCGGCAACGCGAACAACACGAGCACCAGCACUGCCAACAGCUCGUACCUCAACACCAGCGUUGGCAGCUUCACGAGCCCCAAACAGCCACAGCAGCAGCAACAGCAACAGCAGUUGGUCCCACAGCCCCAGCAGCUGACCAUCACGAGCACGACGACGUACCAGCUGCCGACGCCUCCGCCGACGGCGACUGCGGCGCUGUACCAAGCAGCCAGCCUCUCCUCGGCGGUAGUCGCUGCGGCGAACAGCAUCAUUCAACAACAGCAGCAGCAACAGCAGCAGCAGCCUGAGGCCACAGCACCGGUGAACUCGGCUGCAGCUCAAGCUGCCCGCCGACUGCAAAGCUCUGCCUUCCACGGCAAAAGCCAGGUCAAAAGCACCGGCUCAAGCUCGUCCAAAGGGAACCAAGAGCGCAGGUACACCUGCUGCUACUGCUCGUGGAGCGGCGUCGACAACUGGUGUCUGAAGCGUCACCUAAACACCCACCUGAAGCCCUACGCUUGCGCCUUGUGCGAGUACAAGGCUGCGCGAGCCGAGCGUCUUGCGACCCACGUCCUCAAAGUGCACAACCGACGACAGUGCUCGCGCUGCUCUUUCCUCGCCGAGGACAUGACACAGCUUCAGGUGCACCAGCUCCACGUCCACCGAGUCAGCAACGCCAGUGUGGCAGCCGCCGCCGCAGCGGCCACCGUUCAAAGCUCCGUUGGACAACAGCAGAACAAUAACCAAGCGUCCGAGCGUCAGCAGGCGCAACAGCCUCAACCCAUACACCCCGUGGGAGGUGGACGACCGCCACCUGGACCUCCAGUUUUCCCUGCUUCAUCAGCGGCGAUAGCACCCGCAACGACGGUCAUACCGCCGACCACUAUACUCGGCGCCGCGGUUGUCGCAGCCCCGAGGUGGUAGAGCGCCCCCUUGGCAGCAGCCCUCAUCCCGAGCUGGCCGAUCUCUCAAGUGCAAUACCGACUUCUCGCCGUACACGUACGAAAGCCAACAAAAAAGAAAGCAAAGUCUAGUCGAGCGAAGCACAGCCGCGUAAUCACACAUAAAUCUCAUUCGAUGAAUUGCGCAGCAGUAGCAGCGAGGUGGCAACGAUGCCGGACAACAGCGCCUGCUGGGAGCAAGAGUCCGCCUGGUGCGAGGAGCGCUUCAACCGACGCUCGAGGAAGCAGCGCACGCCGCGGAAAGUCAUGACGAUCCCGGACUGCGAGGUCGAGGAAACGGCGCUGCCUCCGGCGAAGGACGAGCCGAAGAAGCCAGAAAAAUCGAUCAGACGACGGCUCAGGUGCUUCCUGUGCCCGAAGAGCGAUCUGGCCCGGGCCUACGGCACACAGCCCUACCACACCCGACAGUCGUUGAUACUGCACAAGCUCUGGCGACACGGCCGCCAAUCCAAGUCGACGGGAUUAAAAGCCAGAGCUACCAAGAGGGCGGCGAUCACCCUCGAGGCUGUCGUCUACGCCAAGCGGGCCUUCGUCUACCAAAGAUAGCAGCGGGACUACUGGACCAGGAAAGUGCGAUCGGCCUUUGAUAACCGAACGACGAGAGCCUACUGCUGAACGCGAUUCAGUUUUGUGGACUCGAGAAAGACUUUAUGCCGAGAGAGUUGAACUAACAGCGAAAUGUGAUCAUACGAUGCGUUGUUUCCUUUGUAUUGUUAGCCAGAGUUACGUUUAUUUUUAGCGAGUUCGCGCGGACUUUGUUGCUCCGACGUACCAAAUAUUUGUCCCAAGUCGUGUGCACUCACGUUCGUCGUGUAUACCUCAGUUAUUUUUUUAAUUAAAACAGUAUAUCUUUUUGCGAAAUACCUAUGAAUAUAUAUAUAUUUGAAGAAGAAUUUUUUGUAUUUUCAAACGAACAUAGAGCGUAAGUAAAGUAUAGCGAAAUAAAUAUUUUGUAAAUAUGAGCUCACAUUGUUAGAGGAAGAAGAAUGAUAUUUGAAUAAAAAAGAAUUUCGGAUAAAACAAGCAAA